AUGCUGCUGGCCUGGGUGCCCACUGUGCUUGUCAGCAACAUGCUCCUGGCAGAAGUGGCUGCAGCCGGAGGCUGCUUCUGGGACCGCGGCCACCGGUACCGGGCGGACCAGCCCUCGCCUGCGCCAGGCUUCCAAUGCCUCAACUGGCUGGACGCGCAGAGCGGCCUGGCGUCGGCCCCCACGGCGGGCGCGGGCAACCACAGCUACUGCAGGAAUCCGGACCAGGACCCGCGCGGGCCCUGGUGCUACGUCAGUGGCGACGCCGGCGUCCCCGAGAAGCGGCUGUGCCAGGACCUGCGCUGCCCAGAGACCCCAUCCCAGGCGCCGCCAGCCCUCCUAACAGAAACGGAGAAGGCCUCUGAAGAGCCAGUGGAGGAGGAAGCUCAGGCGUUCCCUCCUGCGAAGGCCCUACCAGCGGGCAGUGAGGCGGCGGCUGUACAACCUGUGAUCGGCAUCAGCCAGCGCGUGCGGAUGAACUCCAAGGAGAAGAAGGACUUGGGGACCCUCGGUUAUGUGCUGGGCAUCACCAUGAUGGUGGUCAUCAUCGCCAUUGGAGUUGGCAUCAUCUUGGGCUACACGUAUAAGAGGGGGAAGGACUUGAAAGAGAAGCAUGAACAGAAGGCCUGUGAGAGGGAGAUGCAGCGAAUCACCUUGCCCCUGUCUGCCUUCACCAACCCCACCUGUGAGAUUGUGGACGAGAAGACCGUGGUGGUCCAUGCUAGCCAGACCCCCGUCGACCUUCAGGAGGGCAGUGCCCCCCUCAUGGACCAAGCUGGCACGCCAGGGGCCUGA